UCCGGUCAAAAUUUCUUUUAUUUGGGAAGUCAGAAACAUGUCCAAGAUUCUGGAUACUGUCGGACUUGGAGAAGAACUUUUGCUAACAAGUGAAACAUUCGCAUCGCCUGAAUUACCUGAACUUGGUUGGAAAAUCGUGUUGAAAAUUUGCAGCUCCGUUGGUUAUGUUUACCUCGAACAAAUGGGAAAACAAAACUUCAACGGUCUAGUCGCCACCAAAUACAAACUGUUCGUGGUUAACUUUGGAAGCGAAAUUUUGUUAACACGAUCAACCAAACUUUUUGAGGAUCAAACCAAAUUGGGUUUCAGAGCGAUAAAUGUUCAGCAAUUGAUGGAGUUUGAUGUUUUAAGGAUUCAGUGCAAACUUGAGGUGGAUCCUCCUUACGACAGAACCAAAAACUUUAUAGCCUCUUGUAGCCAAAUGUACGAAAACCAAAAAUUCACCGAUUGCGUGAUUUUGAUUCAAGGAGUCUCUAUUAGUGCGCAUCGCUGUAUUCUAGCAAAAAGUGUUGUGCUUCAGGAGAUGUUAGAACAAAGUGCGGACUCUAUGGAUAUGGUUCAGAAAAUCUCAAUUCCUAACGCAAAACCGGAACAUGUUCGAGGAUUGCUUGAAUUUUUGUACACCGGAGAGAUAAACAAAGGACUUUUGGAGAAUCAUGUGGAGGAAAUCUUUGUUUUGGCACAUAAAUAUAAAGUAGAAUCGUUAAAAUCUGUAUGCGAAAUGUUCAUGUCGAGCGUGAUUAGUAAGGAAUUUUUUGAAAAUUUUUUGGGGCUAUUUUUUGGGGAUCCGAAAUUGUUUAUUUUGAAGGGGCGAGGGACUAAAAAGCCUUAG